AUAAAUUAUUGGGAUACCAACCGUAUUUUGAUUAUUUGAUAAAUUUCUUUAUUUUUAAUUCUUUUACACACAAUCUUAAUGUCGAACUCGAUCGAGAGUAACCGAGAAAUUUUGUUGAAAUAGUUUUUUUAAAAAAAAUUUACAAUGGAUGUGAGUGUUGAACUCGGUCGAGAUUUACCAAAAAAAAAUAAAACUGCGGUUUUCUAAAACAAAAGCGUGCGUUCAUCGUCGUCUUCCUUUCAUCCUCUACUUCCACUCGCCAUUGAGACCGCACCAGAACUCAGUGUCAAGUAUCAACUCAACCAUGCGGUGCUACUUCCGCUCCAACAGAUUCAAAAACAUUUCACUCCAUACCCCAAUUUCCAUUGUCCCUCUUCGUUUCAUCUUCGCCGUCGAAACUCCUCUUCAGUCCUACACCGUCACGCCGCCCAUUAAACCAUGGCCGCAGCGUCUGUUUCCCAACCGCCUCGUCGCUAUGAUUCGUCGCCAACAGAAUCUCGACCUCGCCCUUCAAAUCUUCCACUACGCCGGCAAAUAUCACCCCGCUUUUACCCACAACUACGAUACCUAUCAUGCCAUCAUUUAUCGUCUCUCUCGCGCUCGAGCUUUUGAACCUGUCGAGUCUUUGCUCUUGGAAUUGCAGGAUUCUGGUAUCAAUUGCAGUGAGGACUUGUUCAUUACUGUGAUUAGAAGCUAUGGGCUUGCUAGUCGGCCCAAAAUGGCUCUGAAAACGUUUCUACGUAUUCAAACCUUCGGUGUUCGACGCUCGGUGAGGUCGUUGAACACGUUGCUCAACGCUUUGGUGCAGAACAAUCGGUUUUCUUCGGUUCAUUUGUUGUUUAAGUAUUCCAAGUCCAAAUUUGGGGUUGUGCCUAAUGUGUUUACUUGUAACAUUUUGAUUAAAGCGCUUUGCAAAAAGAAUGAUGUUGAGGGUGCACGAAAGGUGUUUGACGAAAUGCCUUCCAUGGGUAUUGUUCCAAAUGUGGUUACUUAUACUACAAUCUUAGGCGGUUAUGUUUCAAGAGGUGAUAUGAUUGGUGCCAAGAGAGUUUUUGGUGAACUUUUUGAUCAUGGGUGGCUUCCUGAUGCGACUACUUACACAAUUUUAAUGGAUGGGUACGUUAAGCAAGGUAGGUUUACUGAUGCUGUCAAGGUGAUGGAUGAAAUGGAGGAAAAUGGGGUCGAGCCAAACGAUAUUACUUAUGGAGUCAUUAUUUUAGGUUAUUGUAAGGAGAGAAAGUCUGGUGAAGCACUUAACCUGCUUAAUGAUAUGCUUGAAAAGAAGUAUAUUCCAAAUUCUGCACUUUGCUGUAAGGUGAUUGAUGUUUUGUGCGGUGAGGGUAGGGUGAAGGAAGCUUGUAAGAUGUGGGAGAAGCUUUUGAAGAAAAACUGUACUCCAGAUAAUGCUAUUACAAGUACUCUUAUUCAUUGGCUUUGUAAGGAGGGGAAUAUAUGGGAAGCAAGAAAAUUAUUUAAUGAGUUUGAAAGAGGCACAAUUUCAAGUUUAUUGACGUAUAACACGCUCAUUGCAGGAAUGUGUGAGAUGGGGGAGUUGUGUGAAGCCGCUAGGUUGUGGGAUGACAUGUUGGAAAAGGGUUGUGUGCCUAAUGAAUUUACUUAUAACAUGCUGAUAAAAGGAUUCCUUAAAGUUGGUAAAGCUAAGGAGGUGAUUAAAGUAGUGGAGGAGAUGUUGGAUAAGGGAUGCUUGCUGAACGAAUCUACUUACUUAAUAUUGGUUGAAGGGCUCCUCAAAUUGGGAAAAAGAGAAGAACUUCUUAAUAUUCUUUCAAUGAUUAUCUCAAGUGGAGCUGUUGACUUUAAAGCGUGGAAUUUAUUUGUACCACAUUUUGUUUCUAAUGUGAAUGAACAGGCAAACAUUCUCGAAAAAAUAUUGAUCGAAACUUUUAGGUAGAAAUUCUUUACACGCACAGAUCUACCCAUUGUGUUGCCCUGAAGGUUUAGCAUUUCAUGUAGAGAAUGUUCUGUACGUUGAAAUAUUAAUCCGUUCUCUCUUCUGGCCCUCAAGGUUAAGUGAAAGAAACUACUAAAACCAGUUGUUUGUUUGCUCCAGAUAUUGAUUGGUACACCAUCUCGGAUGAAUAGGGUGUGGGCCGUGUUAUUGAGAUAUCCUUUUGAACAUAGUUGACAAAUGUAAAGCACAAUUGGGUAUUUAUUUUUUUCGAACGGAGGUUUUUCAGAUGUGUGAUGUGCCCAUUGGGGUGUACAAAUUUUCUCAUCAAGGUACAUCCAAAGGAAUACAAGUUGUGCUAGUAUUUUUAUAACAUACAUUGUGGCUUA